AUGGCAGAGCUACAAAUGUUGUUAGAGGAAGAGAUUCCGGCCGGUAAACGAGCGCUUGUAGAGAGUUACCAAAACCUGACCAGAGUAGCCGACUACUGCGAGAACAAUUAUGUCCAGGCCCAGGACAAGAGAAAAGCCCUGGAGGAGACCAAAGCCUACACCACCCAGUCCCUGGCCAGCGUGGCCUACCAGAUCAAUGCCUUAGCCAACAACGUCCUGCAGCUGCUGGACAUCCAGGCCUCGCAGCUGCGGCGCAUGGAGUCCUCCAUCAACCACAUCUCUCAGACGGUGGACAUCCAUAAAGAAAAAGUGGCCAGGCGUGAGAUCGGGAUCUUGACGACCAACAAAAACACGUCCAGGACCCAUAAGAUCAUCGCGCCGGCCAACAUGGAGCGCCCGGUCAGGUACAUCAGGAAGCCAAUCGACUACAACGUCCUGGACGAUGUCGGGCACGGCGUUAAGCAACAUGGAAACAAUCAGUCAAUCAGAGCUGGAACACUAUCGAGGACCAAUCCUCCGACACAGAAGCCACCCAGCCCGCCGAUGUCGGGGCGAGGCACGCUGGGACGCAACACGCCCUAUAAAACCCUGGAGCCAGUGAAGCCCCCCACAGUGCCCAACGACUACAUGACCAGCCCCGCCCGCCUGGGCAGCCAGCACAGCCCCGGACGCACGGCGUCACUCAACCAGAGGCAGCGCACACACAGCGGGAGCAGCGGGGGCAGCGGCAGCAGGGAGAACAGCGGCAGCAGCGGGAUCGGCAUUCCCAUCGCCGUGCCGACCCCCUCCAUCCCCAAUUCUGGACCAGUCCCACCCAUGUCUGCUCCUCCCGGAGCGCCUCCACCUCCCCCACCCCCUCCUCCACCACCUCCAUCCAUGGCCGGGCUCGCACCACCACCACCACCGCCACCCAUAGUGGUGGCCCCCGGGCCGGGGUUGGGCCCCGCUCCAAUGUCCCAGUUUGGAACCAUCUCGCGGCAGAUUUCGCGGCACAAUCCCGCCAAUUCCUCUGUCUCUAUGGUUUCGGCCACGGGCACCUACCGCCGGGCGCCGUCGGUCACUUCCCAGUUCUCCCUGCAGCAGCAGCAGCAACAACACCAACAACAACAGCAACAACAACAGCAACAGCAGCCUCACAUUAAUGGAGGCACUCCUGGCUACGGCCAGAACUCAAUGUCUGUCGCUCCUCCUCCUCCGCCCAUGCCCCAGCUGACUCCACAGAUACCUCUGACUGGCUUUGUGGCCAGGAUGCAGGAGAGCAUGGUGGCCAUCUACGACUACUCAAAGGACAAAGACGACGAGCUGUCCUUCAUGGAGGGCGCCAUCAUCUACGUGGUCAAGAAGAACGACGACGGCUGGUUCGAGGGGGUGUGCAGCGGGGUCACCGGCCUGUUCCCCGGCAACUACGUGGAGUCCAUCAUGCACUAUGCCGACUGA